GGCAUUGCAAAUUGUAGGAAAUAAUAGAUUAAUCUUUAGAUUAACAUCUUUUCAGGUCGAUUAGUAGUAAUUACUGUUUAUGUUAAAAAUCUGAUUGUGAACGUAUUAAGUGAAAGAAAAUAACAGAGAUAUACAUGAUGAAAAAAUACAUUUGUUAUUUUUAAAAAAAUAUGUAUCUAAUAAAACUGAUGAUAAAAUUUUGAUAUAAGCAUGGCAUUGUCCAUUCUUGAUUAUACGAUUAUAUUUAUUGUAGAUUUAAACAUCUUUUAAUGUGUUGUCAAGUGGUCAGCUGUUUCCGCUUUGUUAAUAUACAUACAUACAGCAAACCAGGACGAGUCUAGAGAGAGCCCGCCUAAUCUCUCUUAAUUAAAUCAGUCAUUAUUUUCUGUGAUAGAUUCACAGAGGAAUAUGAGAAGUGCGUUAUGAAUGUGAAUAAAUGGUAUUUCGUUCUUUAAUUUUCUUUUGGUUUCACGGAUAAUGUCAAGCGAAGCGCGCGAAACAAGCCCGUUGAGAAAUGCUGAUAACUUACGCUCAACUAUACCGGAUUCAGGAAGUAACAACGUGGCUGAAGAAUCAAGUCAAAGUUCCACGAUAGAACAAAAAUUGGCAAGCAAGAUGUUUUCUUAUGCAACGGAAAUAAUUUGUUUCAUUCUUGCUGUCCUGUUUACUGCACUAGCUGCGCUUCACAGUUCACCACCAAAAAUAUCGAAACCUCCAGCGGCAAGACCAUUUUUCAAUCAAAGUUCCAUUGUUUUAGAUUUUUACAAAGGUCAUUUAAGUGCUAUGAUAGAAAGAGUCACAGAUACAGAAUUUAGUUUUGUUAUGUAUUAUGCUCCAUGGGAUGCAGAAAGUCAAGUAGUACGGGAUGAAUUUGAAAAAGUAGCUGAGUAUUAUUAUCCACAGAUAUUUUUUACAGCUAUUAAUUGUUGGCAUCCAAAUUCAGAAUGUAGAUCUCAAUACAAUAAAAUACAAAGUUAUCCAGUUCUUAUACUUUAUCCGGCAAGAGAUUCAGGUAUACAGUACAGAGGCAUACGCACUGCACCAUAUAUGAUUCGAUUUCUUCAUGCAUUUAUAAAUCCAAUUAUUAGGAUAACAAAUAAAGAAUAUAUAAAGCAAUUGUUAGUUACUUAUGAUGCUGUAAUUGUAGGUUAUUUUAAUUUUACUGGAGUGGCUACUAGUCCAGGAUAUAAAGAAUUUUAUAAAUCUGCUAUAAGAUCAUUAGAACAUGAUCCUAAUAGAGAGAUGGCAUUUGCUGCUGUAACAAAUGCUUUAUCCAGUCAAUCCAAUUAUGGAAUUAUAAAAUCUCCUGCUGCAUCUUUAUUUAUGUGGAAUGAAACUCGGAACUAUCCAAAUGAUAAAGAAUGGACGUCAGAAAAUAUAUUGAAUUGGAUUAUUAGCUCAGUUCAUCAACCAACAUUAUGGCUUCAACCUCCUGGAAUCAAAGCUCUAACUUUUGCACCUUAUCUUCGAGAAGGACCUGUUUUGUUUUUGUUUACACCACGUAAUCCUUUACAUUAUGAAAAUUAUAAUUAUAAUCUGAUUAGAGAAGUUGGAUUACAGUAUCAUAAUUGUGCAAAUGAUCUUUCAAUGAAAGAUAUUAUCAUGCGUCUUCAACAUAAACGCUAUACAGCAAUGUCCCGUUACAUUAAAAAAAGCGAAAAGUGUACCCAUCUUGUAAGUGAAAAUGAAAUGAAAAAAAAUGAACCUACAAUUAGCGUUUCUGUUCAACAGUGGAUUAAUAGUAGCUGUUGUGCAAAGAUUUUUAUGAAUAAGUGUGUUUUAUGCAAAAAAGAAGUACUGAAUUCAGUGGAUAGGAAAUUAUCUGUCUGUACUUCUAUUCACGAAAAGAAUGCUUAUGUAUGUAAAAAAAUAGAUAUUUUUACAAUACCAAUAUCAGAAAACACUCAAACUGAACAAGAAUUUUGUUGUAAUCAAGAUCAUAUUUCAAUAAAUUUACAUGAAAGUAUGGAUUUGAAAAGUUCAGAGUAUAAAAUAUUACCGUCUGAUGAAAAUGAUCGACAGUCUCCUAUCGCAAUAAAACAUGCUCUCUUAAAAGAAAACUGUAAAAGAUGGUUUGCAGCACAUAGAUAUCAUGAGCCAGUUUUUCCUCAAGAUUCUUUUGAAAAAUCUAAUAUAAGUUUAUUAAAACCUUUAUGCGAUAUAAAUAAAACAUUCACUUUGGUAGCAAUUGAUAGUCUACAUUAUUUCCAUUUUGCAGAAGGUUUGGGAAUUGAUGUUUUGAAAAAAAAAGAUAAAACUGCUGCUAUCAUUUUAGAUGUUGCUCAAGAAAGUGAAUAUGUUAUGCAAGAAGAUUUUAAUAAGAAUGCUGUUAUUGAAUUUAUAAAUAAUUAUACUCAAGGUUUUUUACAACGCACAUUACGAUCUGCUAACUCACGUUGUUUUGUACAAAAAUUUAAAACCAAGAUUAAAUGUAGUCAGAAAAAUACGUUGAAAAUAUGUAUACCAGAUUUGACAAGUGAAACAUUCUUGGACACUAUCUUAGAUGCAACUAAGGAUGUGGUUGUAAUGUAUUACUCUCCUUAUUGCGCAUUUUGUAGUGCAAUAUCUUAUGUUUAUUUGAUGGUAGCACAUUAUUUGUUCGCAAUGGAUCAUCUUAUGUUUGUACGUAUAGAUGGAGACAAUAAUGAUUUACCAUGGGAAUAUAGCAUGAAUCGCUUUCCAUCUAUUUUGUUUUUCCCAGCGAGAAGGAAAGAGGAUAGUACAGUAUUCCCAUUUUCUUUACCUAUUAACAUUCCAAAUUUACUUAAUUAUAUAUUAGCAAAUUUAGAUGGAGAUUCACGUGUUGAAGCUUUAACAAAUAUUUGUUUGUUAAAUGCUAGUGAUCCACCAGACAAAUGUAUUGUUCGUAUUCGUUGGCUGUGUUUAGAAAUUAUUGAACAACUUCUACAUGAUUAUAGAAAACUAAGGCGACAUUUAAAUUUCAUUGAUCGAAGAACUGCUAGAAAUAAGAAAAAAAUUAUUUUAUUAAAAUUAGAACAUAUUAGAUACAUACAUUUAAUAUUGGGAUCAACUAUUGACCUUGCUGAAGAUCAACAUAUAGUUCAUACGAUCCGAAAAAGAUUUAGAAAAUAUUAUAGAAUUCUUAGAUUAUUAGAAUUAGAUAGUAAAAUUAUGUCCAAUAAAACAAAAGUUAUGCGAAUUGUACAAAACAUUAGUACUCCUAAAGGAAAAAUACUGAAAAAUGAAUUGUGAUAUCUAC